UGUAACUGUACAGAAUUCCUAAAUGUCUUCGUUAUAUUCAAUUAUUUAAUAAUAAUAGAAAACAAACAGACUUUUAAAUACAUAGUAAAUUGUUCAUCGUUUGUUUUUAUCAAAUAUUAACUUAUUUUCUAAUAACAUUUGGAGAGCCGAAUGUUAAGAAAUAAUUUGGAAACCACUGUACAAAAGUACUAAAAUUUGGUAGCACUUGUGCGUCGCAUGUGAAAACCGUUACCGAAAUAUUUCAUUCAAGAAGUGUAUUUGUAAAUUUUACAAGUGAAAUUACUUUUGUACUUCGAUCUAAACAGAGUUCUUUAUUAACACUUUCUAAACAAGUUUCAUCUAUUUGUUUAAUUAAAAUACUUAAUAUGCGCAUUUUACGCUCGCAAUAUUUGAAAUUGAAGGCCGGACACAGCCUUGAUGACACAACUGCAACUAAAACAAAACUGACUGCGCUCCACGAUGAAACGAAAAUUCGACAUACGAGAAUGACAUCGAAGGCCAUACAAGAUGUAAAAUCUAUACAAACCGUAACUCAAGCUGCACGUACUAGAUUGCGACACAAUUCUCUAAUUACAAGUAAUGCCGAAAUACUACAACAUGCUUUAUUGUCCGCUAAAACCAAUCUCAACAAGAUUUGUCCUGACAUUGCGGUCAGACCCAGACCAUCGCCUAUACAAAAUCGUCGUCAAACACUAGCUAGUGUUGAUGACGAUCUGCUAAAACAACAGAUUUUGAAUGCAUUAAAAAUUAAAUUAAUUAACACACCGACCGAUCAAUAUACGCGCAUCAAUGUGGUCGUAAGAUUCUAUGACGAGGGCACGAUGUGGUAUACGCGUUUCUAUCGCAGUUAUCGGGAUGUGUUGUGGUUAAAAAUACCACGCGGUGGUAAAACCAACAAAACGAAGUGGCAUUUCAAAUGUGAGGUGUGUGAGAAAAAACUGUGCUCUUUCGGGACACUAAAAUCUCAUCUUAAUAUACAUAUGGGCUUUUUCCCAUAUCGUUGCGAAGAUUGCCCAAAGCAGUACCCUGCUAGAGGCUCUUUCGUGCGUCAUAGGAAGACAAAACAUUAAAGCAAAAUUUAAAGACAAUGAUUUAAGACGACAAACCCUUUACAUAGACAGGGGUUAGAAGCACCGACGAAAAAAAAAUAUACCAGCGGACGAAAAUACUUAAAAGUAUUUUAUGAUUAAUAAUUGAAUUGUUUUAGUUUUGGUUUUUACAGUUUAUAACCACAUUGAAAGUAGAAAAAUGUGUUAACCCAGUGAAAAAUUUUGACUUUUGUACAAUAUUUUUUGUAUAAAUAUUUACUAACGCAAAUUGUAAAAGUUACAUACAUACAUAUGUAUAUAGAAAUGAUAUUGUUUGCAAAGCAGCAAGAAAUAAAUUAAACUUUUUUGUACAUAUUUACAUAAACGUAUAUAAUAUAAAUUAUAUAUUAAAGAACAGACAAACUAAAUAAUUUUUUUAGAAUUAAAGAUUUUCUUCGGAAGCAGUGUUGAUCUGAAAAAAAUAGAAAUCGUUUAAAGAAGUUUUAUGUUUAUGGACGAACUAAAGAAUUUCUUCGAGUAUAAAUAUAUUGGUUGGAAACAGUGUUGAGAUAUUUUAACUGAAAAUUUCUGUAUUAAAAUUUAAAAAUGCAAAAAUUGGAAUUGAAAGUUAGUUUUUUUCCGAAAGAACCCAGUUUUAAUUGUGAUGUUUAAGAACUAGAAAAACAUUAACAACUUUAGUCAGAAAUACCGAGAAAAUAGCACAAAUUUGCAAGCACUAAUACCUGAAUAAUACACCAAAUCCUAUUGUAUCUUCUUUACUGGCAUAGACACGGCUUACGCUAUUGUAUAGUUUUAAUAAUAAUUAAAAUCAUUAAUAAAUAUUGAUUUUGAAGUGAAAGAUAAUAAUUUUAUUAUUAAUAUUGAACUAUUGUGAUAUUAUUGGUAUUAUUUUUUCAUGUAUUCAUUAUAAGUACUUAAAUUAUAUAUAUUUGUGCAUUACAUUCACAAUUUUUUGUCUGUUGUUGUUGUUGUAGUGGCAGAAUUAUGCUGAGUUGACAGUCCUUGGCCGGAUAAAAAUCCGGGUUCGAUUCCGUUCCAGUUACGUUGACCCGACGGUCGUGGAAACGAGGAAUUUUUAUCUACGUUAUUUUGUUUAUGCUGGAAUGAUCGAAAACUAAAAUCUAAAUCUAAAAUCGAUAAAAUAAAAAAAAAAAAAUAUAUACAUAUGUAUACAAGAGUAGGAAGAGAUACUUAUCUUCAAUU